GUCCCUCGGACACAGGGGAUCACCGAUCACGGAAAGAGCCGAAGAUGUCGGCUCGGUCAUGUGAUCAGUUGUGUCAAAUCACAGCUGAUCACAUGGGACAUGUACACUGAUCAUCAGGGCACUGAUGAUCAGUGUGCCCUGAUGAUCAGUGUGGCCCCUGAAGUGCCAUCUGUCAGAGUCCAUCAGUGCCAGCUGAACAGUGCCACGUGUCAGUGCCCAUCAGUGCCACAAUGCCACAUAUCAGUGCAUACCAGUGCACAUCAAUUCCACAAAUCAGUGCCCAUCUGAGCUGCCCUUCAGUAUCACCCAUCAGUGCCAGUCAGUGCCACCUAUCAGUGCUGCCACAGUGCCACCUAUCAGUGCCAGUCAGUGCCACUUAUCAGUGCGCAUCAGUGCCGCCUAUCAGUG